AUGUUUGUUCAACAAACACAAACACAACCAGAAACGGUCGUUUCUGAUUCCGAACCGGAAUUCGUUACAGAAACUCAGCCCACUCGAGCAACAACUAAAAGAAAAGAGAAGGCGGAGGCUAGAUGUUGGGAACCUUUGGAAGCGUUAGUGUUGGCACAAUCUUGGAUCGAUAUUUCAGAAGAUGCUACGGUUGGAAAAGACCAAAAGCAUGACCGCUUUUGGAUUCGCGUUUUACACAGGUUCCAUAAAGGAAUAAACCGUGGAGAAUACUGUUCAAAACAUCAAGUGUACUCCAAACGGGGAAAGAAGAACAAGGAAGUCAUGUUGUUUAAUGACCUGUGGAACAACAUGAAACGUCAAUGGAAAAGUGGAGAAAGUGAUGAAGUCAUUUUGAAGAAAGCGUUGAAAGUGUAUCAAAAAGAAAAUCUGAAGGCUUUCAAGUUUCUUGAAGUUUGGAAUUUUUUGAAAGAUAACAGGAAAUGGUUGAGUAGCAAAACAUAUGACCAACAUAUCGACAGUGGGUCAAAACGCAACAGAACAUCUGAGUCCGACCAUACUGCAUCAGAUGCUCGUAUUCAGUUUGACCUGAACGAAGAUGAACCUGUUCCAAUUUCACCACCUUCCCGACCAUUGGGAAGAAACAAAUCAAAAAGCAAAGGCAAAGGAAAAACGUCGGAUUUAGAUGAUUUGAAAGACAGAAUUGACAAGAUUUUGAAGAAUGCUUUUGAAAGAGAGCUUCGGAAACAAAGGGAGAGCGACAUGCGAAUACUAGCGAUGGACACGUCGAAUAUGACCGGGGCCGAACUUGAAGUGGUUUUGGCGAUGAAGGAGGAAGUUAAAAACCGUUACAUCAAUCGUGGCUAA